AUGUGGCACGUUACUGCAAUUUCGUUAAUAUUAGACUUAUUGAAAUUCAAAAAUAUAGAAAAUGGCGUAAUUUUGAACUGCAACAGUAGUAAUGACAACAUUGUAUUUUUUCAAAAAACUUUAAACGAAAACAAUAUGAAAGUAUCUAGUUUUCAAAUAGGCAAGAGUCCAACACUCGAUGGUUUUUCUAAAAUUGGAUUAGUUUUAGAUGCAUCAUGUGAAUUAUGGAACAAUACUUUAGAUUUAGUCGACGAAACCUACUUUCGGAGUUCCUAUACGUGGUUGAUCAAAACCGAUGACCUAGCUUCCACGGUAGACGCUUGGUCGAAGUUUCCAAUUGAAAUUAAUUCUGACGUUAUUCUUAUCACAAAAGGCGGUGAACCUAACGUGUUCUAUUUGCACGAAGUUUACAAUAAAGGGUUUUAUACAAAAGGGUCUUUGGUGGUGCGCAAUUUAGGGUAUUGGGCGUCGAAACUUUACUUGAAACAGAAGGAAAGGUAUGAUUUGACGGGUGUCGUACUAAAAUGCGUCGUAGUGGUGGUCGAUCCGAUAGUAAAUCAAACAUUUGAACAAUAUUUGGAACAAACGAAGCCAGAGGACUCUAUAGUGGACUCUCUGCACAAGCUGAAAUUUUUUACGAUAGUGAAAUAUCUAGCGAACAUGUACAAUUUCAGGUAGGUAAGCUUUUUCCUGAGUUCUAUUUAAUUAAGUAACUUC